GCUAGCACGUAGGCCCUUCUGACAUGUGCACGACAGUCUUCUUCGCCAUGUGUUGAUAUCUCUUCGACUUCGACUGUGAUAUCCGUUACCCCAUUACGGCGGUCUUCUCCAAUAUGCUGCGCUCACGACUUUCCUUGCCCACAUGUCCUUUCUGUACUUGCAGUCCCGUCCGCCCUCAAACAGCAACACAAUGGCAGCAGACGCGUAGCAUAGCACGGCUGCAGAAACGCAAACCCUCUCGUAUGGAACUGUCAUCUCGAGUAUCAGAAAACCCCUUCAGGCUGUCUCCGCGACAAACUCCCGCUCCUCCGGAACCUCGUCGACCCCCGCCCAGGACAUCCGGUGGUUUCGAACAUCUGAACCGAACAAAGCCCCCCGUUUUUCCGCCAGCUCGCAACGGAAGACGCAGAGAUGAAAAUGAGGAAUCGGAGCCUAUGAGGCCAACACCAGUCCACAAUCCCUUCAAGAGAGAUGGCGACAGACAUAGAAGCUAUGUUGAGCCAUUCAAGGCGCUUAAGAUGCAGCGCGCAUUAGACGUAAUGCCAUAUGGUGAAAGGGCAUCCAUCAAGAAUAGGAUCGCAGACAUCAAUACGUUUGAUCAAUUUGAACUGCUACCGGAACUUCGAGAUGCAAUCGUACCAGAGCUAUUUCCUGAAAGGCCAGAUGCUGUCCCGUCACCCGUACAGCGAGUUGCCAUUCCCGCCCUUCUGGGCAUAGAUCAGAAGGCCAAGAAGCCAAAAGCAAAGAAGGGCGCACGGCUAGCCGUAGAAAAAGACGAUGACUACAAGAUGGAACAGUUCCUAAUAGCUGCGGAGACGGGGUCUGGGAAGACACUAGCGUAUCUGCUUCCGGCAAUCGAUGCGAUGAAGCGCGCUGAAGCAGUAGAACGAGAACAGGCGCAGAGAGACGCAGAGGCAAAGAAGCAAUUGGAAGCAGAGAAGUCGAAGAAGGGCAUAUACGAGUUGGACCCUCCGCCUCUCUCUUCGUCAGUUCAUGACACAGCUCGCCCCAAAGUUAUAGUCCUUGUCCCGACCUCGGAGCUCGUCGAUCAAGUAGGCGCAGUGGCUAAAUCCCUCUCACACGUCGUCAAAUUUCGCACCGCACUCAUAUCUUCAGCCUACACUCCUACUGUCAUCCGCAACCGCAUCUUUUCUGACAAAGGCAUUGAUAUGAUCAUCUCGACGCCCCACCUUCUUGCCAGCAUCGCCGAAGAGUCCCCCAACAUCCUUUCGCGCGUAUCUCACCUCAUCAUCGACGAAGCUGAUUCGCUACUCGACACCUCAUUCUCACCUCUGACCUCCUCAGUCAUCGAGCGAUCGGCACCUUCUCUCCGACAGCUCAUUCUCUGCUCUGCGACCAUCACCCGCAAACUCGAACUCUACGUCGCCAAACGAUUCCCCAAAAUGAACCGCCUCGUAACGCCGAACCUCCACGCCAUCCCUCGCCGUGUCCAGCUCGGCGUCAUGAAUGUCACCCAUGAACCCUACCGCGGCAAGAAAGAUGUUGCCUGCGCCGACGCCAUCUGGCAGAUUGGCCGGUCGGCCCUUGAACAUGACACCGCUUACACAACUGACUCCGUCGACACCAAACGCAUCAUUGUCUUCGUCAACGAGCGCGAACAAGCCACGGAACUGGCAGAAUUCCUGUGCACAAAGGGCAUAGACGCAACCGCAUUGAACCGCGACAGCCAGGCCCGAACCGCCGACAUCCUCGCGCCGUUCCGUGCUGCGACGCGAGAUUCGACUCCGGCGCAUGCCUCAGGCAUGAAACCAAAAUCGAACUUCGUGCCUUCGAAUGUGAAGGCGGAGGCGAGCAGGGGCAAACUGGCGAAUACGAAGGUGCUGGUGUGUACGGAUUUGGGGAGUCGAGGCAUCGACACGUUGGCGUGCAGACACGUGAUUCUGUAUGAUGUACCGCAUACGAGCGUGGAUUUCAUCCAUCGAAUUGGACGGCUGGGUAGGAUGGGAAGGAGAGGGAGAGCGAUUGUGUUGCUUGGAAAGGGCGAUCGGGCGGAUGUUGUUAGCGAGGUCAGGGAGGCUAUGUAUACCGGCAAAGCAUUGAUAUAGAUGUAUGUAUAAUGUGGAGGGCCAGUAAAGAGGCUGUAUAUACUGUGUACGAUAAGUCUGAUGUAGCACCGUGUGUGUGUAUGUAUAAAUACUUCGGAGUCGACAGGAGCGCAUGUAGCUAACUACUGGGUCGACCACCCAACCGACGAACUCUUUCGUUGCGUCACAAUAAUAAGAUAGAUAUAGAGU